AUGACAUUCUUCUUACCUCCACCAUAUACAACGUGUACUGAUAAAAUUUCUACUGCGAUAGAAGCCAUGCUGGAAAAGUAUCAUGGUGCUGAUUAUCGCUAUUCCGAGAAUAUAUGUUUUCAACUGUGUUUGCAAACUUAUGUAUAUGAACAAUGUGGUUGUGUCAAUCCUGUUCUAUGGAAUGCUCGCUCGAUUGUUCUUCCAAAUACGAGCAAAGUUAUUCUAGCACCUCUUUGCAACCAAAGCAAUACGUGUUACAUUCCAGCAGCAAACGUUUUAUUGAGUACAGCAUCUCUUACAAAUAAGUACUGUUCUGAAUGCAAGGAAGAGUGUUCUAUAACGGAUUUUAUUGUUCAAAUCUCGUCACUAAUGGUACCAGUUGAAUGGCAAAUGAAUAACAUUAAAAGAUUUGUCGAAAAUUCUACCAUUCCACUAGCCAAUAAUUGGUCAACAACAUGGACCAAGCAUAUUGAAACCAAUUAUGUUGCUGUCACUGUUUUUCAUGGAAUGAUUGCAGUAGAAAAUAAGACACAAACAGCAACACUUGGUGUGAUUGAAGUUCUUUCAAACAUUGGAGGUCAAAUUGGUCUAUGGAUUGGUUUUAGUCUUCUCUCAUUAAUGGAAGUCGUCGAAAUGGUCUAUCAACUGAUUUGUUAUCAAUGUCGUAAGAUUCGAUUAGGAAAAAGAAACAUCGAAUCAAUAAUACCACAAUAA